CCUCCCCCCUCCCCUCUCUCUCCGCCGCACUCUCCUCACACACCCACCUCAAUCUCAGCAAAGGCAAGGCAAAGCGCAUCCAUGGAGUUCUACGUGGACGAAAAGUGGAAGUUCUCCAAGAAGAGCCGGAACAACGGCAGCAGGCGCGUCCCGGGAGCUGGAGCCGGAGUCGGCGACUCUUUCCUGAAGAGGUCGUCCAGCAUGAGGGACGUCCAGGCGAUCGGCCGGCGCGCGAGCGGCGGCGGCGCCGCCGCUGCGGGCGGGUGCCCGCCGCAACCGUCGUUCUCGAGCCGGUGCGCGGGGCUGGUGAAGGAACAGCGGGCGCGCUUCUACAUCAUGCGCCGCUGCGUCACCAUGCUAGUCUGCUGGAAGGACUGCUCGUAGCCACCGCCCUGUGCCCUCCGGCCGGCAAAGCAGAUCGCUCCCUCCUCCUCCGGUCCUCCCCCGCUGCUUCUCUUCCAAGAUUAGCCAGAGGACUCGGGGAAGAAGGCUGAUUAGGUGAUGUGUGUAUAGAUCAGUCCAAUUAGGAGUCCUUUUCUUCCUUUUUUACCUUCCAUUUCUGGUAUGUUUCUUGAUUACUAGUGCUUAAGUAGAUAGUAGUAGUGAUUAGUACAGUACUUAGUAGAUGUUGAAUCGUGGGCAGUUUUGGGAUCUCCUUCUCAAGGAGAUGGGGAUCUAGUUCUUUCUUUACAGCUGCUGAUGCUGCAAAGGAACACACUCCACAGGGGUAGGGCAGCUGAAUGAAAUCUAGUGGAUCUUCUGUCGUACCACGAUCGGACCAGGGUGAAAAAGUUGUCACUACCGAUGUAUAGCUAAAGAAAUCAGACGCAACAGCGUGUUAUGAUGUCA